GGGGAUUUCUGCUGCCAGGUAAGAUUUGGCUUUUCUUCUUCUCUUUGCUGAGUCACCUUUUAAAGGAGAAUGUCCUUUAGCUGGGUUCUUUGGUAAACAGUCUCUGUACUGGUCUCCUACGUCCACCUAUUCUAGCAAGCGCGGCUCCUACGCCUGCGGGCUGACACACAAUAAAGGCAUGUCUAAGGAGGCUUACUGCAAAGCGGAGGAGUUUCCAGUGGGGGGAAGGACUCUUUUUCAUUGCCUGGAGUUUGAAUGAGUGGAGGGACGCUUCAGGAACUGCCUGGCGGCAUCUCAGCCUGCUGCAUGCAUGCUCAGGGACGGGCUCGUCCUUGGACCUGACCGCUGGGCACAGCCCCACACACCGGUCCUUGGGAGGGUGAGUGCCGCUGACGCCCGAGCUGUGCCACAGAGGCAGGGGAUAUCAUCAUGGAGAUUUCGUCAAAAGAAAAUACUCAUUUUUUCUCAAACAACACAAUCCUGCCCGUGGACCGAUCUUCAUUCAAAUCUGAAUCUUCCGCAUCCAAGGAAAAACAGUCGUGUUGUGGAGGUAUAAAGAUAUUUCUUGGUGCAUUGUCUUUUGUUUAUUUUGCUAAAGCACUGUCAGGAAGUUAUCUAAAAAGUACUAUCACACAAAUAGAAAGAAGAUUUGAUAUCCCUUCCUCUUUGGUUGGCGUUAUUGAUGGCAGUUUUGAAAUUGGGAACCUCCUAAUCAUAAUUCUUGUAAGCUACUUUGGAGCGAAGCUUCACAGGCCAAGAAUAAUUGGAGCGGGCUGCUUAAUUAUGUCAGCUGGAACAUUCCUAAUUGCGAUGCCCCAGUUCUUCAUGGGACGAUAUCGGUAUGAAAGGUUCCCUUCCACCAUCAACUCGACUGGCAGCAUCUCUCCAUGCCUGCAGGAUAAAAGCCAAACUCCAUUCUCAGCCUUGGAAAAAUCUCAUGCAAAAAUAAAUGCAGGAUGUGAAAAAGAAGCAGGCUCUUCCAUGUGGAUCUAUGUUUUGCUGGGAAAUCUUUUGCGUGGAAUAGGUGAAACUCCUAUCCAGCCUCUGGGAAUUACAUAUAUUGAUGAUUAUGCCAUUGAAGAGAAUGCUGCCUUAUACAUUGGCUGCGUACAGACAGUUGCAAUUAUAGGGCCAAUAUUUGGCUUUCUUCUAGGAUCCUUGUGUGCCAAACUUUAUGUUGACAUUGGCUUUGUAGAUCUGGACAGUAUAACGAUAACUCACAAGGAUGCGCAGUGGGUGGGAGCCUGGUGGCUGGGUUACUUAAUAGCAGGUGCAAUUAGCGUUCUGGCUGGCAUCCCCUUCUGGUUCCUGCCAAAGCACCUCCCAAAACCAGAGGGCAGAAAGGACUCCAGUACCUCUUCCGAGCAGUCAAAGUUCAUUACUGAGGAUAACAAGGAACAACACAAAUCUUAUCAACAACAAGUGAAGAUUGCUGAGAUGGCAAAAGACUUCUUGCCAUCACUGAAGAACCUCUUUGGGAAUCCCGUUUACAUUCUGUAUCUGUGUGCAAGUAUCAUUCAGUUCAAUUCUUUAAUCGGCAUGGUGACAUAUAAGCCAAAGUAUAUUGAACAACAGUAUGGGCAAACAUCUUCAAAAACUAAUUUUGUUAUAGGUCUUAUCAACAUUCCUGCUGUGGCCUUUGGCAUAUUCUCUGGGGGACUGAUAAUGAAAAAAUUCAGAAUCAAUGUUUUAGGGGCCGCAAAACUCUCCCUGGGAUCAUCUUUCUUUGGUUACCUUUUGCUCCUCUCAUUAUUUGCAAUGGGCUGUGAAAACUCAGAAGUGGCCGGACUGACCAUGUCGUACCACGGCACCAAAUGGACAACUGAUUACGAGCAAGCCCUGUUUUCGGAGUGUAACUCGGGCUGCCUGUGUUCCAAGAACGACUGGGACCCCAUCUGCGGGGAAAAUGGAGUUACCUACAUUUCUGCUUGUCUCGCCGGCUGCCAGGCGUCCAGUGGCAGUGGGAAAAACACCGUAUUUUUUAACUGCAGUUGUGUGGGAACCUUGGAAUCUCCUUCACGAAGGUCCUCGGCUGUGGUGGGACCGUGUCAAAAAGGAAAUGAGUGUCCAAAAAUGUUCCUGUAUUUUCUAGUAGUAUCGGUUAUCACUUCAUAUACUUUGUCAGUAGGUGGCACACCCGGAUACAUACUGCUUCUAAGAUGCAUUAAACCACACUUGAAAUCAUUUGCACUUGGUAUUUAUACCCUGGCAAUAAGAGUACUUGCGGGAAUUCCAGCUCCAGUGUAUUUUGGAGUGGCUAUAGAUACCACUUGCCUGAAAUGGGGAAGCAAAAGAUGUGGGGGAAGAGGAGCAUGCAGACUCUACGACUCCAGUGCACUGAGGUACGUGUACCUGGGGCUGACUUUGGUGUUGGGCACGGUGUCCAUUUUCUUCAGUGUUGCUGUCCUUUGGGUUCUUCGGAAAAGGUCUUCUCCACAAGAUGAGACCCUCUCGGCCAACGGGGAGAGAGGCGCCUGUGGGACAAAGAGCAGGAAAGAUAAUUUUGUCAAUAGUGACCAUUUAAUUCAGACAACUUACUGGCCAGAAAAGGAGACUAGACUUUAGGAAGACUGAGAUCUUCACUGUGACCUUACCCAGUGAGUGGUGUUCCAGGCAAAAAUUCAUCAUCAGUGAAGCGGUAUCUUAGUAUCCACCCUAAAAAUGUUCACCUUAAUGUAAUUUUCACUGUAAACACCAAAAGCAAAGACAACCAUUUUAGCACAUGUACAGCUCUGAAAACACUGCUCACCAUUUGUCCUGAGGAGUCAGGGAGGGGAUUUGUUAUGGCUGGGGAGGUGCAGCUUGCUCCCUGGCCGAGAAGCCGGUUUUAUGGCUGCCCCUCAGCUCCAUCCCUCCUCGUCAAGCUGCAACAGCCGCUGCUGCCCCUCAGCUUCCUUCUGUGUGUGAGGGGUAGCGGGGAGGCUGCAAUGCAGGUCUCUAUGCCACCGUACCGGCCGAGAGGAGCUGGUGCACAAAACCUGACUUGGCAACCUGGAAGGUGCAGAGAUAUUCUGCACACAGCUUGCCCUUGCAAGCAGUGCGGCACGGGGCAGGAGGAAGGUGGUUUGCUGGAAGGACAAAACUGCUACAGGCUCUGGGCAUCUCGUGAAUUCAACCCAUAAUACUUAGGACAUCAAAUGUUGUGGUUAGGGAUUUUUUUUUUUCAAGUAGAUCUGUUAUAGCACAACAAUAACAGCAAGUUAUCAAAAGUUUUCAUUGCAGUCAAAGAGACCACAAGAGUAUCGUCCAAAGGAAACUGGAAUAAAAAUAGAGCUUUUUUAGGUUUCCAGCAGUUUCUUGUUACGUGCUAGUAUUCAGUGUACUGAAUAAUUCCAUGCAUUUUAUGCAAUGUAAUAACACCAUGGUA